AUCCACAGGAGAUUCUGGAUGUGACGGACGGACACUGAUGUCAAAGUGAAAAAUUUUCGUGUCGUCGGCUGCAAACGAAAUCUGGAAGUAAAAUUGUGGCAUGCAUUGGACUCUGGAAGCGCAGAAAUUGUCGCGGCCGUGUGUGUUAUUGCGUGCAGUUCAUUGUGCAGUGUAAAUCCGUGCCGGAGAACGCGAACUUUGAGUGGAAAAGUGGCGAACAAAUUUUCCCUUGUUGACGAAGACGGGAGGAUUAGGUGGCCCCAAUAUAGAGAGGAGGGAGAGAGUGAGUGUGGUGCUGACAGUCGUCCGACGGAUAAGUAAAAAAAAAUAGGUUCCAGCCACAAAAAGAAGUGUUUUUGAUAACGGUGUGCAGUGAGGGCUUCUGCUUGUGAAGUCGGGAAGAAAGUAUUACAGAGUAGAGGCAUAGUGAUUUCCGACAAUGUCCGGAUUCGACGAUAAUCCGUUCGGCGAGCCAAUAGUGGACAAUCCGUUUGCGGAUCCCUCGAUUCAGGCAGCUACCCGCAACAGCACCAAUCCCCAACAGACCCUGGACGAUUACGAUCCUUUCUCGAAUGAAUCGCAACAACAGCGGACACAGAACAACUUUGGCCAACCAGCUACACUGCAGCCUUCGUCACAAACGGUUCCGGCUUACAGCCCGAGUGCCGCCCAGUACAACAACAAUGGAGCGGCCGGAGCGAGCAGUCCAGCGGCGAUGACACAGAUCUCCACCGCCGAACUGCAGCGACGCCAAGAUGAGCUGGAGAAGAAGGCCCAGGAGCUGGAGCGCCGCGAGGCCGAACUGAUGAACAGUGCCAACGCCAGUCGGCCGAACAAUUGGCCUCCGCUGCCGUCGUUCUGUCCGGUGCAGCCGUGCUUCUACCACGACAUCAACAUCGACAUUCCGACCGAGUUCCAGAAGAUCGUCCAGAAUCUGUACUACCUGUGGAUGUUCUACGCUCUGGUCAUGGCGGUCAACAUCCUCGGCGGGUUGGUGUUGCUGAUCCAUGACGGCGAAUUCCGCACGUUCGGAUUGGGCAUCUUCUACGCGGUGCUCUUCACACCGGCUUCGUUCCUGUGUUGGUACCGCCCGGCGUACAAAGCGUUUAAGAACGAUUCCAGCUUCAACUUUAUGAUGUUUUUCUUCAUAUUCUUCUUUCAAACGUUGGUCACCAUCAUCCAGACGAUUGGGUUCCCUGGAUCGGGCACGUGCGGUGUCAUUACGGCCAUUUCGCAGUUUAGCGCCGGGGGAAUUGGCAUUUUGGUCGGUAUCUUCAUAUUGGCCAUCGCGUUUGGGUAUGGGUCGUGCGCUGCUGGCAACGUCUUCAUGCUGAGCAAGAUUCACGCCAUCUACCGCAGUGGUUCCGAGACAAAUCGAAUCACGAUGGACAAAGCCCGCCAGGAGUUCCAGUCUGGCUUCUUCGGGAACCAAAUCGUGCGGGAUGCGGCGGCCGGAGCGGCGCGGGCUACCGUGCAAUCGCAGUUCAACCAGAACAGGUACUGAAAUUCAAUCCCAAAUACAAAACAAGCAAACAAACACUACAGAAAACCAUACAAACUAUUACUACUACUAUUAUUAUAUUUACGAAGCAUUACCCACUUUCGAGUUUACUGUUUAUUUAUAUUUAAACCCUAUUACAUACUGACGUGUAGUUAUGACCCAGAGCGGCUGUUGACCCGGUUCCCUACGGCCGUCCUCACUACUUGAACCCUUCUUCCCGUUAAUUCUUCGUUCGUUCAAUAGUGCUCCCGUUUCCUCUGUCCGCUUUAAAGUACCUCAUAACCUACUUACUUCACACUUUUUUUUACUAUUUGAAAAUUGUCUGAACGAAAGUAGUUUUUGUUUCUUGUUUUGCUCCAUGUAGUGUGGGACCCAUUUUGGGGACCCACCUAAGCUUUAUCGAUUAAGUAUGGUCUGUUCCAAUUUGAGAUUCGAUUUAUCACGCUUGAGUUUUCUCUUUUGUGUUUAAAUGACCACUCGACACGAUAAAUCAUAAUCAUUGAAUAAGGAAGAAAAAUGUUAGACUUUAGGAAGUAUAGAAAGCAGGGUGAAGUUAAUAAAAUUGUGAGAACAAAAACAUUCAAUAAAUUCCCCCUAAAUUAAACCUUUAUCACUUUAAAUGGUUAAGCUAUUAACUGCUAAGCAUAAAUCAAAAAAACAAAACCAACACACUUCAGUGAUCAUUCAAAAUGAUUAGACUUAACUUUUAAACUUACCACACAGAGACUAAAAUCCUUCUUGCGCGAGAUAUGGUAUGCGACGCGAACGACCUCGGUAGCGAUGGCUCAAGCUUUUUCAAAUAACGCCGUUUGGCAUAACACGAAGAUUAGUAUAAAACAGGAAUAUGUACCUAUGAGUGUUAUGUUCAAUGGUGUUUGGCCCAGCGCGAUAGAGCCUCAACUAGAGCUGAGUGUGAAUCACAUAAAAACGUAGAAUUUUUGUUUGUCAUGAGUUGCGGAAUUACACCUAAUAAGGCUGACACAAAUUUCGAUUUUCUCUUAUGUCACCGCCCCCUCGGAAAAUUUUGGUCGAUAUUCAACAUUUUGAGGGGGGACAACAAUAAAUUAUUCAAGAAAUUCUAAAAUUUCAAGGUGAAAUUAGAGUUGCACAGAAAUUUUUUUAACAAAUCCGAUGAGUUUAUAGAUUUUGCCAAAUUGUUUGGGUAUUUCUUCGUCACAUACAUUUAUUAUUUAUUGUCCUCCCCCUUAGCGAGCCAACGAGUAUUGUGACAUAAGAAGAAAAUGAGAUUUGUUCCGGCCUAAUAAUGGAAUUAAUGAUAACUAAAACACGCUCUAAAACUGAAGGUCGUUUUUGGUCAUCUUUUUCAAUUACCUAGCUGUUAGUAGAAACGAAAAAAAAAAAAGAAUUCGUUUCACAUGCCCUUUGGCCGGCGGAAGGAAGCGAAUAAUGAUUUAGUGAGAAAAGAAAGCGUAUGCAUCAACUCAAUUAAUAUUAGAUUAGAACACAUACUAACAUCGCGUCAGUAUAGUGUCCAGUUGUUUUGUUUUCGUAUGUUACGUUAAAGGUAAACUGACUGACUUUCAUUCGUGUCAGUUUUUGUCUUAUACAAAAAAAAAGAUUUAUUUUUCUACUGAAAAGGGGUACAAAGUGGGCACACCCAUACUUAAGCUUGCGGAGGCAAGUUUGUUGCGGCUUACAAAAUAGCUCGAUUGACUGGUGAGAAUUGAGAAUUCCAUUUAUUUUCCUUCUGUUAGAAUGAUUCGCGCGUCUAGAUUUUUUUUAUAUGUUUGGCAAUGGCAUUUUUUUUUCUCGCGGAUAGUGACAGAAACAGCACGGUCCAUACCCAAAUGUAACAAACUACACAUACAUUAAUAAAUGUCAAGAGAAAGUCUAUUUAAAUCAGAA